CACCUAGAUUUUCUUAAGCCACUGUCUCUCUCGCUAGCUUCUCUCCGCUCGUUUUCUGUACCAAAGCUCAAACCCUAAAACCCUUGCCAUGGUUCGCACCGUUUCCAGAACAGCUACCGGCCGCGAAUACAAAGUCAAGGACAUUUCCCAAGCCGACUUUGGCCGCCUCGAAAUCGAGCUGGCCGAGGUCGAAAUGCCGGGCCUCAUGGCUUGCCGUGCCGAGUUUGGCCCAACCCAACCCCUCAAAAACGCCCGCAUCACUGGUUCCCUCCACAUGACCAUCCAAACCGCCGUCCUCAUCGAAACCUUGACCGCCCUCGGCGCCGAAGUCCGCUGGUGCUCCUGCAAUAUCUUCUCCACUCAAGACCAUGCCGCCGCCGCCAUUGCCCGUGACUCCGCCUCUGUCUUCGCUUGGAAAGGCGAGACCCUUGAAGAAUACUGGUGGUGCACCGAGAAAGCUCUCGAGUGGGGCCCCGGUGGCGGACCCGAUUUGAUCGUUGACGAUGGCGGAGACGCUACCUUGCUAAUUCACGAAGGGGUUAAGGCGGAGGAAGAGUGUGAAAAGAGCGGGAAGUUGCCGAACCCGAAUGAGACCGAAAACGCUGAGUUUCGGAUCGUUUUGAGUAUUAUUAAAGAAGGGUUGUUGGUAGACCCCAAAAGAUAUAGAAAGAUGAAGGAAAGAUUAGUUGGAGUUUCAGAAGAAACUACCACUGGAGUUAAAAGAUUAUACCAAAUGCAGGCUAAUGGGACUCUUUUAUUCCCCGCCAUUAAUGUCAAUGAUUCUGUUACAAAGAGUAAGUUUGAUAACUUGUAUGGAUGUCGACAUUCGCUCCCUGAUGGUCUUAUGAGAGCCACUGAUGUAAUGAUUGCUGGAAAAAUUGCUGUUGUUUGUGGUUAUGGAGAUGUUGGGAAGGGUUGUGCUGCUGCUCUUAAGGCAGCUGGUGCUCGUGUGAUUGUGACAGAGAUCGAUCCCAUUUGUGCUCUUCAAGCUCUAAUGGAAGGUAUUCCGGUUUUCACAUUAGAAGAUGUUGUUGCUGAAGCUGACAUUUUUGUGACUACCACUGGAAAUAAGGAUAUUAUUAUGGUUAGUCAUAUGCAGCAGAUGAAGAACAAUGCGAUUGUGUGCAACAUUGGCCAUUUUGAUAAUGAGAUUGAUAUGCUUGGUCUUGAGACUUAUCCCGGUAUCAAACGGAUUACUAUCAAGCCUCAAACUGAUCGAUGGGUCUUCCAGGAGACUAAUAGGGGCAUCAUUGUGCUUGCUGAAGGACGUCUCAUGAAUUUGGGUUGUGCAACUGGACAUCCCAGCUUUGUGAUGUCUUGCUCGUUCACAAACCAAGUGAUUGCUCAGCUUGAGCUGUGGAAGGAGAGGGGAACAGGCAAGUAUGAGAAGAAAGUCUAUGUGUUGCCCAAGCACUUGGAUGAGAAGGUUGCUGCACUUCAUCUUGGGAAGCUUGGAGCUAAACUUACCAAGCUUACUCCUGAGCAAGCUGCCUACAUCAGUGUCCCUGUUGAAGGUCCUUACAAACCUCCUCAUUACAGGUAUUAGAACUAUAGAUGUCUCGGGGAUUGCCCGAUUCAUUGUUAUUAUUGUCAGCUUUUAAGUUGUGUUUUAUCCAUGUACUAGUUCAGUUAGCUCGUGUUUUAUCGUUAUACUAGUACGAUCCAUAUAGAUUGAUCGAUGAUGGUUUGGUAGAAGUUUGUUGUUUUGGAUCAAUAUUUUGUUGAUUGGAGUUAAUUGUGGAUAAUAUUGGUGGAUGCGUUCCUAUUAUACUCAGUUGUAUC